AUGGAGUGGAGAAACGAGCUGGGCUUUACGGAUCGAUUAAAAGCCAUCCAGGCACUCACUACGGCCUACCAACAGGCGUCUUCAUCUGCGGCCUUCACUGAGGCUCAAGCGCAAGCAAGCCGAUAUGAAAACGAGGCCUACGACCAAGCCGUCUCCAAGGAGGAGUAUGAGCGGAUGUGUCAGCAAGCAAUUGAUGAAGCGGAGACAACGAAAUCUGUAGCUUCGGUCAUCGGCAAUUCUCACCCAGUGCAGGAUAUCCUUCAAGAAUCGGAGCCAUCGUCUGAUGUUGCAACGGGUGAAACGUUUGGCAAAUAUGUCUCGUGUUUCCAUCAUUUUGAUGGAUUGCAUUCUACCGUCUAUAAGUCCAAGGCCGAAGAUGGGUCGAUACGGGCCAUCAAGAUCACCAUCCCGCAUUUAAUGACCGCUCCCCACGAUGUGCAGCGCGAGGCCCGGCUAUUGCGUGAAGCAUCCAGCACACAUGUGGUUCCUUUAAUCGAGACUUUCAAGCUGGAUGGAGGUAGACUAGUUCUGGUCUUCCCCUUUCUCCGAUAUGAUUUGGAGCAUUUGCUCCGGCGUGAUUUGGUCACAGCAACCCAAACACGCUCCAUCUUGCAUGGUUUGUUUCAAGCACUUUCCUACCUUCAUAAAUUAGGAAUAGUUCAUCGGGAUAUCAAGCCAUCAAAUAUUUUGAUGGAUUCUCCUGAGGGCCCGGCUUACUUGGCAGAUUUUGGGAUCGCUUGGAAGGAUGGGGACCCUGCAUCCGAGCCAAGUGAUAAGAAGAUCACUGAGGUCGGCACCACGAGCUACCGAGCCCCCGAGAUUUUGUUCGGGUACAAAGGUUAUGGAACACCGCUUGAUCUUUGGGCGGCUGGAUGUGUAGUGGCAGAAACCAUUGCUGUGGGCCAUAAGGAAUUGUUUGAUUCAGGACCAGUGGGAAGUGACUUGUCACUAAUCCAUUCUAUCUUCAAAACACUCGGCACUCCUGAUAACAACAUAUGGCCGGAGGUUUCUCAGCUUCCCGACUGGGGAAAGGUCGAAUUCCAUCAUUUCCCUGCCAGACCCUGGGAUGAAAUCCUUCCGGGUGUGUCCUCCAGAGGCCGCGAUUUGGCUCGCGGCCUGCUGUGCUACCAGAGCAGCCAGCGACUCUCUGCCGACGAGGCACUCCGACACUCGUAUUUCUCCACUUCUUAA